UGCCUGCCUGCCUUCUACCCGUGGUCCAGCCGUGGCGCAGCUCCUCUGGCAGGGGCUGGUUGACGCUAGUGCGCAGCCGCAGGCGGGGUGACGAAGAUGGUGCUCAUCAAGGAAUACCGUGUGCUGUUACCAGUCUCUGUGGAAGAGUAUCAAGUGGGACAGCUAUAUUCUGUAGCCGAGGCCAGCAAAAAUGAAACUGGAGGAGGAGAAGGCAUUGAGGUGCUCAAGAAUGAACCCUAUGAAGAGGAUGGAGAAAAGGGACAGUAUACACAUAAAAUUUAUCAUUUAAAAAGUAAAGUACCAGCUUAUGUAAAGAUGAUUGCACCAGAAGGUGCAUUAGUUUUUCACGAAAAAGCGUGGAAUGCCUAUCCAUACUGUCGCACCAUUGUUACGAAUGAGUACAUGAAAGAUGACUUCAUGAUAAAGAUUGAAACAUGGCACAAGCCAGACAUGGGAACUUUAGAAAAUGUUCACAAUUUAGAUGAACAGACAUGGGGGACUGUAGAGGUGGUCCCAAUUGAUAUUGCAAAUAAUGAAGAAGUAGCCACAGCGGAUUAUAAACAAGAGGAAGAUCCUACUAUUUUCCACUCUGCCAAGACAGGCAGAGGACCCCUUGGACCAGAAUGGAAGAAUGAGUUAAAGGAAGAUUGUCCUCACAUGUGUGCAUACAAACUAGUCACUGUCAAAUUUAGAUGGUGGGGUCUGCAAACGAAGGUGGAAAACUUCAUUCAUAGGCAAGAAAAGCGUAUUUUCACCAACUUCCAUCGUCAACUAUUCUGCUGGAUUGACAAAUGGGUGGGUUUGACUAUGGAGGACAUCCGGCGAAUGGAAGAGGAGACUCAGAAAGAACUUGAAGAGAUGCGUCAAAAAGGAGAAGUGAGAGGCACCUCUGCAACAGAUGAUUAAAGGUCCAGUAGUUCAAACUCUAGAAGCAGGCUGACUGCGUAAAACAGGUCCGAUUCGAGGCACCAGUGCUGCUCAUGAGCAAUGAGGCAAAACAACGAAAACCCGGCAUGAUGUUCUCAGAGACACGUCCACGCUGAUGCAGAAGGGCUUCACAACACUCUUCUUGUCUCCUUUGAUUCAUUAGGGUGUUUGACACAUUGGUUAUGAGUACUGUACAGAUACUACCACAAUCACAUGCCUCCCACUCUUAGACAAAUAUACAUGUUUAUAAAUAAGAAAAAAGUUCUUUGCACUGAACGCAAAUUGCCUGAAAUAUGUAUUGUUAGUUCAUUAUUAUUAUUAUUAUUGUUAAUAUUAUUAUUACAAUGGGCUUUGUUGAUCUUUAUUUGUGUCAGACUUAGAAAGUCACGCCUUUAAUUUAACAGUCAGGAUGUUAUUUUUAGCUCUACACAAGUCCCCAUAAAGGUAGUAUUAUAUGAAGUUUAGAAAUUAUUCUAUUCACACCCUCCCUGUAAAAUAUAGUUUUAAACCUUAUCUUUCCACUAAAUGUGUUUUUAAACCAGGAUAAAUGUCAUCAUCCAUGUUGUCAUCAUGUUUUCUCUGUCCAUUUUAAGGUAAAAUGCAUAUUGUACAAUUCUUUCUUUUAAUUUAAAGAAAGAGUUCUGUCUCAGUAAUCUUUAAUACAAGUUUUCAUGCAUAGGACUUUUAGCUCAUACUUACUCCACACACACUUUCCCACACGGUCACAUGCGUGUAACUUUUUCACAAGCGCAUGUAGAUAACGACUCCUCAUUAACAGUCAUUGCAUGACUCUUCAAUGACACUGAUUCAUUUGUCGGUUGAAGAGAAGGUCAAGUGGCCUUUGAGGAAUCUGUUAAGUUGUGUUAAAGUGUGUCUUUAUUUUGGUUGGGAUGAAACUCAACUUUUUAUUCUAAGUAUUGUCAUUCUGUGAACUUCCCUGUUCUCACACUCAUGAUCAGCCAGUAGACUUUGCCUCAUUCUGAUGCUGCAUGUCCUUUUUCACAGGGCUUUAUUUGAAGCCCUUGCAGCCUUCACAAAAGCUUUUGUAUUUUACUACAACAAUUGAGGCUGAGAGUGUGUGCAUUGUUGUGUCCAUUCAUCUGGCUUUAAAAUCUUCUCUGAACUAACAGGGCUAUUGGCUACAGAUAAGGCAGAUGUGCAAUGAUUUAGCAGUUAUGGAUGUUUGUGUUGUAGUAUUUUGGUUUUCACCCUGUAUACUAAUUAAAAUAGCAUUUCAAUACCUUAACUUUUAGAAAAUGUUAUCCAUCUAAACUUAGUUAAGGUAUAAAUAACUUUGUAAAGUGAGUUAUACUGUAUUCUUACAGUGAUUUGAAAGUAAUCUGUAUAUUUUGCUUCACUGCUUUCAGGCAAAAUUCAAUUUUUUGUUUUGGUAUUAGCUUCAUUCAAACCCUUAAGGAAUGCAAUGAUUUUUAUAAUCAUGGCACAGAUUAGUGUGAGUGUGGUGUUAGACAUUUGUUUAUAAUCAGGUAUGAAACAGAUGUCUUUUUUUUUUUUUUCAUGUAACCUGUACGGUUUACAUUAGGCAGAUUUAAUAAGUGUACUUUUUACUAGGCCCAAAGGUUAGGUGUAAAUACCACUUACUUGAAUUACAUAGUCAUAGUUACUUGUGAACACUUUCUCAUUACUGUAGUGUUAUAGGUAAAUGCAAUGCACAGUAUGCUAUUAAUUACAUUAUAUAGAAUGAGUAUGCAUAUUGUUCAUUGUUUUUAUGCCAUGGUUUACUGUACCUCAUCCAUGCUUAUGAAUGUACAGCUUUUUGAUGGAGACCAAUGUCAUAAUUGAACUGCAGAGACAUACAUGUUUUACACAUGUACUAGCAUGACAUGAACCCAUUAUGUCACUGGUAUUUAAUGUUAAUAAAUUCCAUACAUUACUUUUCCACAA